AUGGCCGACAAAGAGACCCAAGCUUUGGCUGCCAAAUCUCGGAUCAUCUCUCAUAUGAACAAGGAUCACUCAGACUCGGUAAUCAGCUCCCUACGAGCCUACGAUGGCAAGAUGACAGACAUCAGUCUUGAAGAUCUCACACUCUCUUGUCACGGGAAGACAUAUCGGAUUCCACUCAACCCUCGCAUGUCCUCGUAUCGAGAAGCACGAGAAAGGGUCGUGGAGCUUGAUAAGGAAUGCAGGAAGGCGCUCAAUCAAUCAGAUGUUACCGUCAAAGACUUCCUACCACCCACAGGACUUUAUGCGCUCGAGUUCCUGGUCAUCUCCGCGACUUUCUUGGCGUAUGGCCGGCGCUCCUGGUUCGCCAAAGGCCAGAUCGUGGAAAGCGUCCUGGGCCCGAGCUUUGCAGCCUUCAGCUGGUCGAUACAGCCCUGGUUGAUAGGAUCAAUGCUCGCUAUUCAUACUUUUGAAGCAUUUUACUUUGCUCGCAAUCGACUUCGCAAACACUCCGUAAACGCACGGUCUCCAAUCUGGUGGCUAUUCAUGGCAUCAUGCUUCAUCGAGGGACAGUUUCUGUUCAGGCGAUUUGAUGCCCAUGUUAGAGUGCAGAGGGGAAAACAGAAGCACUAG